AUGGGAUUGUUGAGCAGUUUAUUGGGAAUUUUCGGUUUUGCGAUUGGGCUCCCUUUGGGUGUUCUUAUUGGGUUUUACUUGUUCAUUUUUUCUGAAUCCAAAGAUGUUGAGGAACCAGAGAUAAGACCACUCUGUGAGCUCGACACAGCGGCACUAGACGAGCUUAUGCCCGAAAUUCCCUUAUGGGUCAAAAGUCCCGAUUACGAUCGAGUAGAUUGGUUAAAUAAGUUUAUUUCGGAAAUGUGGCCGUUUUUGGACACGGUACUUUUUUUAUAUGUCAAUACACCUCGUAUGGGCUUGAUGAAAAUAGUAGAAAGUAGUCUGUUAACAUUUUGUAUUCAGGCGAUUUGCAGCGUGAUUAGAAGAACGAGUGAGCCGAUUUUCGCGGAGUACGUUGGGAAAUUCAAGAUAGAAUCUAUUGGGUUCGUUAAAUUAAGCCUUGGCGAUAUUCCUCCUACAAUUGGUGGUCUUAAAGUCUGUGAGACUAAUGAGAAGGAACUUGUCAUGGAGCCCUCAAUACGGUGGGCUGGCAAUCCGAACAUUGUUGUUGAAGUGACUAUUUGGUCUGUACAAGUCACUGUCCAGUUAGUUGAUGUUCAAGUAUUUGCUGCACCUCGGAUAACUUUGAAACCACUUGUCCCUACCAUUCCGUGUUUUGCAAAUAUAAUCGUAUCAUUGAUGGAGAAGCCAUUUAUAGACUUUGGGGUAAAUGUGUUGGGUGGGGACAUCAUGUCCAUUCCUGGCCUUUAUCGAUAUGUUCAGGAGAGAAUUAAGAAAGAAAUUGCAAGUCUUUACCUUUGGCCAAAGCGUCUUGACAUACCGGUGCUUGAUGCCUCAACGGUGGCCAUAAAGAAGCCUGUUGGUAUUCUUCACGUGAAAGUCGUGCGUGCAGUGAAGCUUCUGAAGAUGGAUUUGCUCGGCUUAUCCGAUCCGUACGUCAAGCUGAGCCUCAGUGGAGAAAAACUUUCGACUAAGAAAACUACCAUCAAGAAAAAGACUCUGAAUCCCGAAUGGAAUGAGGACUUCAAGAUUUCUGUAAAAGACCCACAAACUCAAAUGCUUCUUAUAAAUGUUUACGAUUGGGACAAGGUAGGCUCACACGACCGUUUGGGUACUCAAAAUUUUCCUUUGAAAAUGUUGGCCCCCAACGAGCCGAAACAAGUGACGCUCGACUUGUUGAAAGACACAAACAUCAGUGAACCUCAUAACAAGAAGCAACGAGGGAAGAUCAUGCUCGAGCUUGUUUAUGCCCCUUUCAGAGAGGACAGUGCCGAUUUUAGUGGACUUUUGGAGGGGUUUAAUAGGGAAGAUAGCUCGUUUAACAGGGCACCUAGCAACAUCAGCCAAACGGGGGCCGGCUUGCUUCUUGUCAAUGUUCAAGGGGCGCAUGACGUGGAAGGCUCGCGCCAUAAUAAUCCGUAUGUUGUCAUAAUCUUCAGAGGCGAAACGAAAAAAUCAAAGAUGAUGAAGAAAACGCGUAACCCUCUAUGGAAUGAAGAGUUCCAAUUCUUGCUUGAAGAACCUCCAUUACAAGAGAAGAUUCAUAUAAAGGUUAUGAGCAAAAGAACAAGCAUUAGCUUAUAUUCAAAGGAAUCCUUGGGAUAUGUUGAUAUCAAUCUUGCUGAUGUCGUCAACAACGGACGUUUAAACCAGAAAUACCAUUUGAUAGAAUCUAAGAAUGGAGUUAUACAUGUCGAACUACGUUGGAAAACCAUAUGA